GUCAAGAAAGAAGAAAAAAAGGAAGAACACCUGAUGUCGUCAGGAGGAACUGUUGAGGCAUAAAAAGAAAGGUGAAGAAAGGAGAAAGUAUUCUUCUGGUUCAUCCACACAAAGUAACUAUCUUUUCAUCAGUCAUCGAGUAGUACUGUCAGUCAGAUUAUGGGCAUGGCCAGAGUACAGUAUGCAGUUCUGCUCCUGACUUUAGCUAUAGCAGUGCAGGAAUAUCAUGGGAAAGCAGAGAAAAUCAGGUGUACUUCACAAACACCGUGUUUUGACCUACUGAUUGUGGAGAGAAUGGCCCACCGUCUCAGCAAGGAUGUGCCAGGUGCAGACAAUGACAACAUUUUAUUAAAGAGCAAAACCUUUGAUAAAAUUCGUCACAAAAAGUACCUCCACAGCUGUGUUCUAGAAAAAAUCAUCGAGUUCUAUGAGAAUGUCCUAUCCAGUGUCCAGUAUAUACAAAACAACCAUCUCGAUCUGAUCUUCACCUUGGACAGAGUGAGAAAUUGCACUUAUAAAGUGAAGAGAUGUGACAGGUUGUAUCAGAAGGCUAACCAGCAAGCAGAUUUAGAGAUUGCUGAAGCAGAUAUGAGUGCGCAGGAGGUAGCUAUCUUUCAGCUACAAAAACUUAACCAUGCUAAUGAAAAUUUAAAUGACACAACCAUUCUAGAUACAGCCAUGGAUGAACUGAAAUCUCUUCAUCACUAUAUUCCUGGGAGAGCUUUCCGAAAUACAAAUGGCUGAAUAACAUCCCAGUUUUCUCCAGGAUGACCAGAGCUUGUGAUUGCUGCAGUACUCAGCCAGAAAAUCUAUAGUGACUGUAACUAGAUGAGAUAUAUAUAUAUAUGUCAUAGAAUUCUAUUUAGGAAAUUGUAUUUGUAUUGUGUAUGAUGCAAACUUAUGCAACAUUCUAGUAAACUGUAGAAUAUCAUCUCUU